CUCGGGAAGCAGUACAGGAGCGUUAAGCUGGUGACAAAGUCUCUGAGUGUGGCGGGAAAACUUCUCUGUAACCCGCUUGUCUAGACUCUCUUGAUGUUGUCCGUCCGAGGUGGAGGCCAAUAUCCGUGGAUAUUUAGUACAUCUUCAAUUUUGCGUUACAAACAAUUCUUCGGCAUCUUAGCAAUAGUGAGUAAGAGACAGCAAUGUUACACUAGUCGGUCUAUCUUGUGAAGCAUCAGGACCCAGAUCAUGCAAUGCAUGCUUACUUCCAUGUAAAGAAUGGCUUGGAACUAUUCCUUGGCGAUAGUCUAUAUUGCAAAAUGGAAUUGCGGUGUGGAACGAAAGAUGGGUAUUGCGGAAUUAACAGAGAGAGACGUUAUAAAGAAGAGCAAAUGUCGCUCGAUAGCAAAGGAUCAUCUGCUCAAACAUUCAAGAAGUCCCUAGAACUCCUUCUUCCUCCGAGCUUAAGACACAAUGAAGUUUUCAAGGACCAUAAACGCUUUUCUGGUUGCGGUCACAUCUGUUCAAGGCUUCACUUUCGACCGCCUUAACAAGAGCGAUGCCGCACUCCUCGUAGUGGAUCACCAGAUCGGAUUAUCGCAACUCGUGCGGGACUAUGGUGUCGUCGAAUUCAGAAACUCAAUUCUGGCCCACGCAGCUAUUGGCAAACUGUUCGACUUGCCCACCAUUUUGACAACUUCUGCUGAUACUGGACCAAAUGGUGCUUUGCCCAAGGAAAUCAUCGAGAUGCACCCUACUGCACCUUUCAUUCACCGUCAGGGAGAAGUUGAUGCAUGGGAUAAUCCUGACUUUAAAGCCGCCGUGCAAGCCACGGGAAAGAAGCAAAUCAUUCUUGCUGGCAUCGUCACUGAAGUCUGCACAUCAUUUCUCGCAUUGUCCUUGAUCGAAGAGGGCUACGAUGUCUGGGCCAACACCGAAGCUUCCGGAACCUUUGACAGCAAGCUUGCUGCUGACGCUAAUCGUCGUAUGGAGGAUGCCGGAGUGCAUUUGAUUGGAAUGUUUGGCAUCGUUAUGGAUCUGAUGCGUGAUUGGAGAAACACUCCCGGCGCCCUUGAGGUAUUGCCAUUUCUGGACGAAUAUCUGCCGCAGUACAGUCUGGUUGCUAGAGCUCAUGGAUAUGCGGUUGAUAAUGGCACGUUGAUUCCGGGCGAGGCGCAAAUUCUGUAAAGGUUGGAUAAGAGAAGCUGACAAGGGACUGGGGAGUUCCGAGAAAGGUGAAGGAAGCAAGGAACAGGAGAAGUAGCGGCUGAUUUGUAGAUGAAUGGUCAAUCAACAAGUAGUAGACAGAAUUCAAUUUAUAUACAAAUAGCCUUGUUGAUG